AUGGAUGCGCCGUACCUUGAACCAAACGUCGCGGAGCCGCAGAAACAGCCUGCCGAGGUUCUAGAAGACACAGCGACCACGGUUCACCAUCACAGCAACAACGGCUACAGCAGCGACUCGCGAGCCCAUUAUUCCUCCUAUACCACCCCAUUAUACGACGCCGAUCAACAAUCCCGAUUCAACCAGUCCCCCACAUUGAGUACCUAUCAGCCACAACUCCCGCCGUCGUCGUCGAGACCGAGUUCCGGGUUGUCGAGUGGAGCUGAGCGACAUGGUUAUUCGCAACAGUCUCAGGAGGUACAGAAACAGUCGUCUCAGGCCGCGUCGAAGAAUAGUGUGGUGAUUAAGGUGGGGAUGGUCGGGGAUGCUCAGAUUGGAAAGACGAGUUUGAUGGUGAAAUAUGUUGAGGGGAGUUGGGAUGAGGAUUAUAUUCAGACUCUGGGUGUCAACUUUAUGGAAAAGACCAUCUCGAUUCGCAACACAGAGAUUACCUUCUCCAUCUGGGAUCUCGGUGGUCAGCGAGAGUUCGUCAACAUGCUUCCGCUCGUAUGCAACGACGCUGUAGCUAUCCUUUUCAUGUUUGACCUGACACGGAAGAGUACAUUGAAUUCGAUCAAGGAGUGGUACCGGCAGGGCCGUGGGUUUAACAAAACGGCCAUUCCUUUCCUGGUUGGGACAAAGUAUGACCAUUUCGUCAACUUUCCCCGCGAGGAUCAAGAGGAGAUUUCUCUUCAGGCCAAACGAUUUGCCAAGGCCAUGAAGGCAAGUUUAAUCUUUAGCAGCACCAGUCACAGUAUCAACGUGCAGAAGAUCUUUAAAAUCGUCCUGUCCAAGGCAUUCGACCUAAAAUGUACAAUUCCCGAGAUCGAGAAUGUCGGCGAACCGCUGCUUCUGUACAAAAACGUUUGA